AUGAAUUUCCUUCACCGUGCAGCGUCAGGGUUUAUACGCAGAAAACCGGCGUUUGGCAAUAAUGUUUCCUCUUUGAAUCUACUAAGAAAUGGAAUAUAUCCUAUCGCUUUUAAAAACCGGAGGUCGUAUGCCUCCGAGGCUAAUACCGGUACAAUUCAAGCAAUUAUUGGAGCUGUAGUUGACGUACAGUUCAGCGAAGCAAACUUGCCUUCCAUUUUAAAUUCUUUGGAAGUUGAAAAAGAAGGUAGUCGUCUUGUACUUGAAGUAUCACAACAUUUAGGACAAAAUGUUGUUCGAACGAUUGCUAUGGACGGUACAGAAGGUCUCAUCCGUGGGCAAAAAGUCGUGGAUACUGGGGCACCAAUUAGAAUUCCUGUUGGUCCAGAAUGUUUAGGACGUAUUAUUAAUGUCAUCGGUGAACCUAUCGAUGAACGAGGCCCAAUUAAAACCAAAAAGUUGGCUCCAAUUCAUGCCGAUGCACCAGAAUUCGUUGAUCAAUCUACAACACCAGAAGUUCUUGAAACUGGUAUUAAAGUUGUAGACUUAUUAGCUCCUUACGCAAAAGGUGGUAAAAUUGGUCUAUUUGGAGGUGCUGGCGUUGGAAAGACUGUAUUGAUUCAAGAACUUAUCAACAACAUUGCCAAAGCUCAUGGUGGUUAUUCAGUAUUUUGUGGAGUAGGAGAACGUACUCGUGAAGGAAAUGAUUUGUAUCACGAAAUGAUUCAAACAGGUGUAAUUCAACUUGAUGGUAAAUCAAAGGCUGCUCUUGUAUUCGGUCAAAUGAACGAACCACCGGGUGCACGUGCUCGUGUCGCUUUAACUGGUCUCACCAUUGCCGAAUAUUUCCGUGAUGAUGAAGGACAAGAUGUAUUGCUUUUUAUUGAUAAUAUUUUCCGUUUCACUCAAGCUGGUUCCGAAGUAUCUGCUUUGUUAGGUCGUAUUCCUUCCGCUGUGGGUUAUCAACCUACCUUAAGUACUGAUAUGGGUAGUAUGCAGGAAAGAAUUACAACAACAAAAAAAGGAUCCAUCACCUCCGUACAAGCUGUAUACGUACCGGCAGAUGAUUUGACUGAUCCGGCUCCAGCCACAACUUUCAGUCAUUUGGACGCAACGACCGUAUUAUCACGUGGUAUUGCCGAACUCGGUAUUUAUCCGGCUGUGGAUCCUCUUGAUUCGAAAUCUCGUUUAUUGGACCCUCGUGUAGUUGGAGAAGAACAUUAUAGGGUCGCUACCGAUGUUCAAAAGAUUCUUCAAGAUUAUAAAUCUUUGCAGGAUAUUAUUGCCAUUUUGGGUAUGGAUGAACUGUCAGAAGAAGAUAAACAAACUGUCGAACGUGCAAGAAAAAUUCAAAGAUUCUUGAGUCAACCAUUUGAAGUUGCUCAAGUUUUCACUGGUUUUGAAGGACGUCUUGUAAAGUUAAAAGACACCAUUCGUUCAUUCAAAGAAAUCUUGGAAGGUAAAUGUGAUGACCUACCUGAAGCAGCUUUUUAUAUGGUUGGUGAUGUCGAAGAUGUUAGAAAGAAAGCAGAAACCAUCAUAAAAGAAUUAGGAGAAAACUGA